AUGGAAUCCUUACCUCAAACGGCACCGACGAUCACGAUCAGAGAACUCAUCGAACGCGUCUGCCAAACCUCCCAUCGCGAAUUCGAACUGGUACUCGACGCGUUAUCGAGGAACGACGGGAAAUCGAUCGCACCGAUCGAAAAGAAACGAGCGCUCGUGCAUCACUUAAACGCGCUGAAGCAACGCCUCGUACGCGCGCACGCCUUAAUAGCCUGGGCACCGAAGAACGCGAAAGCGACGCUGGUGGCGGAGAACGCGUGCAACGCGUUAGACGAGCACGUGGAACAGUUUCGAACUGCAGCGGAUGCGUUGCACGGAAUGCACCAGAGGUUGCUCUGGGCGCGAGCGCCGAUGUUUGACGUUUCGGCGAGUUUUGACGUUUUAUGCAGAGGCGGGUUUGAUUGUUUAGAUCGCGUGGAAGGGAUACGGAAAGUCGCGACGAUGCAGAAGUGGAAGGAGGAACGCGAAAAGGAGAUUAUGAUGAAGAAGACAAAGAAAGGCGAAAAUACGACCGGGGACGGCGGCGCGGAGGAGAAAGAAGAAGAGAAGAAGAAGGAAGAAGAAGACAAAGAAGAGGAAAUAGAUUUAGCGAGGAGGAAAACGUUGGAUGCGAAACACGCGUUGAUUGUGGAGAAACACGCGUUGAAGAGGUUUCCCUCCAUGGAAGGAGACGAGGACGGCAAGGUGAAGUUUACCAUUUUCGACGUCGUCUCGGGAGAGGUGCGGUGCGGGGUAGAGAACAUGUACGAGAUGACGCUAGUUUUAGACGACGCGCCGACGGAGAAAGAAGUUCUGUGGACGUGUACUGGAGUGGAAAUUUUGUGCGGUGAGGAAUCGAUGAUGGUGAGUGACGACGAUGGAAAGAGGAAACGCAUUAGCUAUCAAGCGACGAAGGAGGAAAUUCAAAGUUUGACGUUCAACGCCACCAUGCGCGCAAAAGGCGACGGGACGGAACAACAUCCAGCGAGAGGGAUACUUGGCGCGCACGAAGCUAUGAUGGACGCGGUGACGCGGCUGGUUUGCGCAAAAACGCUUGCGCAAGCGGGUAUGUUGAGAGAUUUAGCAGAGGCGAAGAGCGAUAAAAGCGACGAAAGCGGCAGCAAUAGCGCAAUCGAGUGGACAAAAAGGGGCAAAGUGGUCGCAGAAAUCGUGAAACAUAAAGGCGACGUGACAGGUUGCGCGAUAACGCUUUGGAACGCGAGGAAACGGUUGGACGUGAAGUUUGAAGUCGAUAAGCGCAAAAUCACAGCUUCCGUCGUCAGUGUUCAAAAAGAAAAAGAAAAGGAAAAUAAGAAGGACGAAUCGGCGGAGAAGGCGACGCUACCAUCCGCGGCACUCAAGACAUUCGAAGAUACGAGAGAACCGAUUGAUAUUGACAACGGUACGAUUUCACUCCUCAAUGCUCUCGAUCUCGCGAGCAAAACCGCGACAGUUUCGACGUUAACAUCCAUCAGAGACUUUUUAGUCAACUCCAAACAGAAAGAGACGUCAACGCCUAAGAAGAGUCCUCAAAAGAAGAAAAAAGCGACACCGGCGGCGUCGAAGAAACGCAAAGCGACGGCGAUUGAAGAAGAAGAAGAAGAAGAAGACGGAGGAGGAGAAGAGAGAGAAAAAGAUUUUUUUAAUUCUUUGGGCGGCGUUACGUUUUCUGAAGUCGAUGAUGCGACUUUGACAUUUUCCAUCGUCUUUGAUCGAGACGAGGUGGACAAGAACAGCAAAGAACUAGCGUCUGUUUCUGCGGUGGUUUCGGUAAACAAGUACAAGGGUAUCGUCCAGUGCGAGUUUCAAGCCUAUCCAGAUUCCAUCAUCGACCGAGACGACGUCGACGAUAUCAUCUGUUACGGUUCGUUUAAGCACGAACUCGCAAAGCGCUUGGAAUCCGCGAGCGAAUCCAACGACCCGCAAAAUGUCGGUUUGGUCUUUCUUGAGCUAAUUCCGGAGAUGCGCGAGAUUGCAAAGAUGUUUAUCGUUCGAAAAUAUCUCGAACCGUCCCUGAGCGCGUUGUUCGCGCCUUAUUCCAUCGAGAAUCUGAAGGAAAUUUUGAAAACGACUCGACGCGUUGCGGGCGCGAACGUCGCUGCGGUUAUUAAAGCCGACGACUAUGAACACCUUCUGGAAAAUGACGGCACUUUCGUGUGCGUUUGGGAAGACGGUGCGACGAUGAGCGUCAAAUGCGCAAAGAGACGAUCGACGCUCGAGCGAUGGCGCGUCGAUUCGUGUUCAGAGAUUACUCGAAACGGCGAAACUCUCGGCGGCGGUGGUGGUGAUGGUGGUGUCAAGCGCGCCAAAACGACGAAAGGAAAGACGAAAACGACUCCUUCUUCAUCGGAAGGACCAUUCGAAGGCGCGGCGACGAUUUCGAUCGAAUCGCUCUCGAAAAUAGCCGCAGAUGCUGUCAAGCGCGCGUUGAAAUAA